UCUGUCACCUGAGUUACUGAAGCUGGACAUUGAUCGGUAAGGGGUAUCUGGGACCUUGCCCCUAACUGGGCAUGUGGCUGGUUUACAGGCAGGCCUGGAGGCAGGAAGGAAGGCAGGAGAGCCCAGAUUAAGGCAGCCACUGGGUAGAUCGAGAAGUGGGGAAACCGGUUUGUCAUUUGGGCCACUUGGGGUGGGGUCUCCUCUCCUGGGCUCUCCGUGUGCCUGCCACUCUAUCCUGUGGCCUUCAGCAGAGAUAUAUGCACUGUGCUCUUUUCUCGCUGGUCUGAACUGACCUGGGGAAUGCCAGGAGUAAGUAAAGGGAGCAGGGGGCUCAGCCCACCUUCUCCUUCCCAAGAGAGUCUGGAGGGAGAAGGGACUGGCCAGAAAGUCGGAGGAACUCAGGGAUGCAGCAGUCUGAGCUGCUCAAAGAGGGGUGGGCGCCCACCUGGUCUGGAGCUGGAGAACUUGGAGAAGCCCACAGGGCUCCAGCGUGCUUCCGGAGGGAAGUCUCCAGGACUCUGUUCCCUCUGUUUAAAGUCUCCAGAUCCCGAGCGGAGCAGCCCCCCCAUGCUGUCUGCGGACGAUGCCGAGUACCCGAGGGAGUACCGGACCCUGGGGGGCGGGGGCGGCGGGGGCGGCGGGGGCCGGCGCUUCUCCAACGUGGGGCUGGUGCACACGUCCGAGCGGCGGCACACGGUGAUCGCGGCCCAGAGCCUGGAGGCGCUCAGCGGGCUGCAGAAGGCGGACGCGGACCGCAAGCGCGAUGCCUUCAUGGACCACCUGAAGAGCAAGUACCCGCAGCACGCCCUGGCGCUGCGGGGCCAGCAGGACCGCAUGCGCGAGCAGGUUGGCGGCUGGACCGUGGACCCUGUGUGCCUCCUCAGCUCCCUCUGCUCCCACCUGCAUGGCGACUCCGCCCCCUCCGGGGCUGGCCAGCCCGCCCAGCAGCCAAACUACUGGAGUUUCAAGACCCGCAGUUCACGCCACACUCAGGGAGCCCAGCCAGGGUUGGCAGACCAGGCAGCCAAGCUGUCCUACGCUUCGGCUGAGUCGCUGGAGACCAUGUCGGAGGCAGAGCUGCCCCUGGGUUUCAGCAGGAUGAACCGCUUCCGACAGAGCCUGCCCCUCUCUCGCUCUGCCAGUCAGACCAAGCUUCGUUCACCAGGGGUGCUGUUCCUGCAGUUCGGGGAGGAGACGCGGCGCGUGCACAUCACGCACGAGGUCAGCAGCCUGGACACUCUGCACGCGCUCAUCGCGCACAUGUUCCCGCAGAAGCUCACCAUGGGCAUGCUCAAGUCGCCCAACACCGCCAUCCUCAUCAAGGACGAGGCGCGCAACGUCUUCUACGAGCUGGAGGACGUCCGAGAUAUCCAGGACCGCAGUAUUAUCAAGAUCUAUAGGAAAGAGCCUCUGUACGCCGCUUUCCCUGGCUCUCACCUCACCAAUGGAGACCUCCGGAGAGAGAUGGUGUACGCGUCGCGGGAGUCGUCGCCCACGCGGCGCCUCAACAACCUGUCGCCGGCCCCGCACCUGGCGUCCGGUUCGCCGCCGCCGGGGCUGCCGUCGGGGCUGCCGUCGGGGCUGCCGUCGGGCUCGCCAUCCCGCUCGCGCCUCUCGUACGCGGGGGGCCGGCCGCCCUCGUACGCCGGCAGCCCGGUGCACCACGCGGCGGAGCGGCUGGGCGGCGCCCCGGCCGCGCAGGGCGUCAGCCCCAGCCCCAGCGCCAUCCUGGAGCGGCGCGACGUGAAGCCGGACGAGGACCUGGCGGGCAAGGCGGGCGGCAUGGUGCUGGUGAAGGGCGAGGGGCUCUACGCCGACCCCUACGGGCUGCUGCACGAGGGCCGGCUGAGCCUGGCGGCGGCGGCCGGGGACCCGUUCGCCUACCCCGGCGCGGGCGGGCUGUACAAGCGCGGCUCGGUGCGCUCGCUCAGCACCUACUCGGCCGCGGCGCUGCAGUCGGACCUGGAGGACUCGCUGUACAAGGCGGCGGCGGCGGGCGGCGCGGGCGCGCUCUACGGCGACGGCUACGGCUUCCGCCUGCCGCCCUCGUCCCCGCAGAAGCUGGCCGACGUGGCCGCGCCCCCCGGGGGGCCCCCGCCGCCGCACAGCCCCUACUCGGGGCCCCCCAGCCGCGGCUCCCCCGUGCGCCAGUCCUUCCGCAAAGACUCGGGGUCCUCCUCGGUCUUCGCCGAGAGCCCCGGAGGCAAGAGCCGCAGCACGGGAGGCGCCUCCGUGGCCGGGGCCCCUCCUCCGGAGCUCUUCCCGGGGCCCGGGGAGCGCUCCCUCGUGGGGUUCGGACCACCGCCGGCCAAGGACACGGAGACCAGGGAGCGCAUGGAGGCCAUGGAGAAGCAGAUCGCCAGCCUCACAGGCCUGGUGCAAAGUGCCCUACUACGAGGCUCAGAGCCGGAGACCCCAAGUGAGAAGAUCGAAGGCUCCAAUGGAGCAGCCACCCCCUCCGCAGCUUGUGGGUCUGGUAGCCGGAGCAGUGGGGCUACCCCGGUUUCUGGCCCUCCCCCACCCUCAGCCAGCAGCACUCCUGCAGGGCAGUCCACUGCUGUCAGCCGUCUGCAGAUGCAGCUGCACCUGCGGGGCCUGCAGAACAGCACUAGUGACCUGCGCGGUCAGCUCCAGCAGCUGCGCAAGCUCCAGCUGCAGAACCAGGAGUCGGUGCGCGCGCUGCUAAAGCGCACCGAGGCGGAGCUGAGCAUGCGCGUAUCGGAGGCGGCCCGGCGGCAGGAGGACCCGCUGCAGCGGCAGCGCACCCUGGUGGAGGAGGAGCGGCUGCGCUACCUCAACGACGAGGAGCUCAUCACCCAGCAGCUCAAUGACUUGGAGAAGUCAGUGGAGAAGAUCCAGAGGGACAUAACUCACAACCACCGGCUGGUACCCGGCCCCGAGCUGGAGGAGAAGGCCCUGGUGCUGAAGCAGCUCGGAGAAACGCUGACAGAGCUUAAGGCUCAUUUCCCAGGUUUGCAGAGCAAGAUGCGGGUAGUGCUGCGUGUCGAGGUGGAGGCGGUGAAAUUCCUGAAGGAGGAGCCACAGCGGCUGGACGGGCUCCUCAAGCGCUGCCGUGGGGUCACAGACACGUUGGCCCAGAUCCGCAGGCAAGUGGACGAGGGUGUGUGGCCACCCCCCAACAACCUCCUCAGUCAGUCCCCCAAGAAGGUGGCUGCGGAGACAGACUUCAACAAGGGCUUGGACUUUGAAAUGCCACCCCCCAGCCCCCCACUGAACCUCCAUGAGCUGACCGGGCCAGUCGAAGGAGCCCCUCUCACCCCUAAGAGCGGCAACCCCACCAAAGGCCUGGACACCCCCAGCAAGAGAAGCAUGGACAAGGCCGUGGCUGUUGAGGCUGCGGAGCGAGACUGGGAGGAGAAGCGGGCAGCUUUGACCCAGUACAGCGCCAAGGACAUCAAUCGACUGCUGGAGGAGACACAGGCUGAGCUGCUCAAGGCCAUCCCUGACCUGGACUGUGCCAGCAAGGCCCACCCGGGCCCCGCCCCCACUCCGGACCACAAGCCCCCAAUGCCCCACGGCCAGAAGGCAGCCCCGCGGACGGAGCCCAGUGGAAGGAGGGGCUCAGAUGAACUGACGGUGCCCCGAUACCGCACAGAGAAGCCCUCCAAAUCACCCCCGCCACCCCCUCCCCGCCGGAGCUUUCCUUCCUCCCAUGGCCUGACCACCACGCGCACGGGAGAGGUGGUGGUCACCAGCAAGAAAGACUCAGCCUUCAUCAAGAAAGCUGAGUCUGAGGAGUUGGAGGUGCAGAAACCCCAGGUGAAGCUGCGCCGGGCUGUGUCUGAGGUGGCCCGCCCUGCGUCCACACCACCCAUCAUGGCUUCGGCCAUCAAGGACGAGGACGAUGAGGACCGCAUCAUUGCUGAGCUGGAGGUGUUUGAGAGAAGCUCAGUGUCCUCCCUCCCCCCUACGCCCCGCCGUCAGCCGAUCCCCAUCUUGCUGUCCCCUCAGGAUCUGGGGGCCCCCGGGGGCUCAGCCCCAGGCCCCAUACGGAAGGCUGCCCCGGGUCCCCGGGCAUUCUGUGUCCCACAGAUCAUCUUGACAGAGUGUCCCCCCAGCAUUUCUUCCCCACCCGAGGCCAGCUUUGAGAAGCCAGGUCCCAGGAUGGCGCCCAUGCCAAGACCCCGUACUCUGACUGGCAGUAGGAGGGCCUGGAAUGGUCCACAGGCCCUGCCUGGGCAGGUGGCUGAGGCUCCCUGGCCCAAGAACAGCCUGAUGCCCAAGGAGCAAGGGGAAACUCUGAAGAACCUGGCCAUAGGAGGCCAAAGCUCAGAAGAUGUAGGAGCCAGAGCCCCCUGUCCUUGGGGACCCACUGUUCCUGAGAAGCAUCCAGAAGAGACUCCCAAGGAGUCCAGGCGAGCUAGCCAAACCUGCCCUGAGGAGCAGCCUGCAGCCGGCCCUGGCUGCUCAGUACGAGGCUCCACCCUGCCGAGGAUGGACAGUCUAGAGGAGACGCUCUGGGAGCUGGAAGCCACCCUGAAGGAGAUGGGCACUGCCCCCACCACGAGGCACCCUGGAAGCACCCUGCCCCCGCCCCCCAGGCCCCAGAGUGGCGGCGGCAGCGUGCCACCCAUGAAGGUGGUGACUCCCGGGGCCUCUCGGCUGAAGGCGACGCAGAGCCAGGUGGGCAGCCCUGACAAAGGCAAGCACAGCAAGCAGAGGGCGGAGUACAUGAGGAUCCAGGCCCAGCAGCAGGCCACUAAACCAUCUAAAGAGAUGAGCGGGUCGAAUGAGACCUCGAGCCCAGUCUCAGAAAAGCCCUCGGGUUCCAGAACCUCCAUCCCUGUAUUGACUUCCUUUGGGGCAAGGAAUUCUUCCAUCUCCUUCUAGAAGCCCCUCCCACCUCCAUCCCAGCCUGUGCCCUCCCUCACGCCUGCCAUCACUCCCUUCCUUCCUCCCUCCCUCUCCACUCCACCUCACUCUGCAAGGGUUGCCGCGCGCGCGCGUGGCCCUCCUCUGACCUCUGUAUCCAUCCCCCCAUUGGUGUUUUUGGUUUUUAAAAUGAAUCACUUUAAAUUAUCUCCUUUAAAAAAAACAAACAACAACUUUAAAAGCAAAAGAGUACAAGUGAAAACCAAACACACCGCCUUCCCUUGACUUCCCCCUGUUCCAAGCGGCCUGUCCUUGGCCCGCGUCCUGUCAUCCUUUCUCCCUCUUCUCUUUCACCUUCUUCCUCCCAAGUCCAUCCUGAAGUUCCCCUCUCCUCCCGCCCCCUCCUGCCUUCCCCCCCCCCCUAAUUUCCCAAGAAUACCCGGAACAAACUCUGAGCCACGGAGACUUGGAGCAGCAAGAGACUCCUCCCCUUACUGCGUCCCUUCCUGGAGGAGCGCUGGACAUUGGACCAACCCCAGCACCAGGCUGGACCGUGGGACGAGAAAAACCCUGGCCCUGGAGGUGCCCCACUCCCCGUCCAGCCUCAGAAGAGACAGUGAACGCUGCUGCUACUCCACCCCUUUCCUCACCAGCCCCAGGGGGCCCGAAAGACAGCCAGGACUGUAG